UGACGAAGUGGUUGUACUAAAAGUCAUCCAAACAUAAACAAACAACGAAGCAAAAUAAACGUAAUCCGCAUUCCGUCGGUCGUUGUUUUAUUUUGUUCAAGUAUCAAUCUGCGUAGCAAAUAGACCGAUUAGGUAUCAAGCCUUGUUAACAACGUAUAUCGACGAAGAAAAUGAAGGACCUACCGCAGAAAACGAGGAACAUCCUAUCAAACGUAAACCCACCGUCCGAGCUGCCCAGCUUCAUUACAGCGAACGUGGCAACAGCUGGUAUGGAUAGUGCUUCGCCUUCCAGCAGCAUUGAUGAUGCAGCUAAAAAAGAUGAAACAGAACCAUUCAUACCGACCAAGUUUAGUCCAGCAAUUCCUGCGAGCAAAGACACAUCACAGUUUACCGCGGAGCAAGCGAUGGCUGCGGCAGGUAUCCAUCCGGUGGAACCAACCAACCUGUCGGAACCAGUAGGACGAGAGUUUGCAAACAUGAUACUGAACCCGGAACCGGUUGCAGCCGCAUUAAGCCCAAUUACGCAGGGAGGCUCCGCUCUGUUCGGGUGGAUGAAGGGUGCCGUGUCGGGUAGUGGUAUUCUGCAGAAAGUGGCAGAAAAGGCAAAGAAUUCUGUUGACACGAUCGUUACCACGCUGGAUCCACAGAUGAAGGAGUACAUAAAUUCCGGAGGAGACACGGAGGUGAUUGUAGCGUCGGACAAGGACGAUAAAGUACGUCCAAUACGAGAAGCGUUUCAGACCGUUUUUGGCAAGGCCACCAUUAUUGGGUUACCUGCGCAAGCGGUUGGCAUUGCAGCUCAACCAGUUGGUUUUGCGGCCGGACUUAAGGGUGCCGAGCAUCGUAUCAACUGUAUAAGGGCAGAAAAUCCUCGCGUGGACGAUCAUCUUCCUGUGGUGGCGGUAGAGAAUUUCAUCGUAGAACUGUUCCCAGAUCAAUGGUUCGAAGCUGGAGCGAUUGUAUUAUUUGAUUAUGCGAAAAAUAUUUUGCUAAAAACGGUCACACAGAUGACGCCGAUCCCGUUGCCUGUGAUUACGGCGCUGCAAGCCGACACACCGGAAGAUUAUAUGCUGAGAGACACGGGAUUUGCAGCCACGGUCGGCAGUGUUAUGGCAAGAAAUUUGAAUACCUCACACACCGAGUGGCAUCGGUCGUACACAUCGGUAUCCCGUUCCGAGAUGAUACUGACCGCGGGAAAAACGAUAGCUACACUCUACAAACGAGCCGUAGACGACUACGAACACACAGCAGCCGCAGCAUCCCAACAGGAUCCGCCAGCAUCGUCGGCAAUGCAGGUGACCGUCAACACCACCGUCCCAUCUGGCACCGGAGGCGGAGGGGCCGUUCCCGAACCGGCGGAAUAAGAAUUAAUGUUCACCAUCAUUAAGGCUUGCCACUGUAAUCACUACUAAACGGACGACUGAAGCGGAUGGAUAAAUGAAUUCAGCACAUUGGAACGAGACUGGGAUGAGAUGGUGACCAUCGUCGAAAGAUAUCGAAAGAGUUAGAUCGGUUAAAGUUUUACCCCCGACUUAGGGAGAUCGGGUUUUAUAAGAUGGGUUUGCAAAAAAAAAAACCGGGAAGAUGCAGACCACUGACGACGCCUGGUUAGGGGGAGGAUCGGUGAUAGGUUCUAUCCUUCAGCUCCAUACGGAGCUGACAGAAACAAACGGUCCCAAAAGGAGAGACCGUUGGGCACAAAAUCACUGGCGGAAAUGAGGUUUUGUAGGUGAAAGACCAGCAGAAGGAAACGCAUAAAAGUUUUAAUGUUCGGUGGGAGGCUCCGUUACGUGACGGUGUAGAAUAUUACCCUUCUUUAAUAUACCACGUUCUUGAUGCUUACGUUUAGAGGCCGAGAUUCUUUACCAGAACAAGAAAUCGGCAUGAUUUUCAAUUUAUUGAUUUGACCCAUGGGAUUUCCUUGCCCGGCGUAUAGAGUUUACAGGCGAAGAUGAGUGGCCGGAAUGCCCUUCGAUGAAUCUCGUGCGGUACAAGAGGUUUGUCAACCAUUUUACUGUACGAUCUACAGGGACAAGGCGAUCUGUUUAAGUUUUAAAGCGUGCGCUUAUCAAAAUUAUGACCCUAGUUUAUUAUAGCACUCGUUGAAACUGUAAGCCUAUUAUCGUAAUAAUAACCAGUAAUAAAAGUAACGCUAUAUAUACGUUUGGCAUAGCAAAUGUACGGCACCCGUGCAACGCUACGUGGACAGAAAA